AUGGCUUCUUCUGUCUAUGUGUAUGCAUUUAUUUUCUUGUGCAUAUCCAUGGAGGUUUCGCCAAGCGUCUCACAAGUACUUGGAGGUGGCGGCCUUUUGCCAGGUUUAGGGGGUCAGGUCGGUAAUAGUCCUCUUCCGGAUAUCCCAAAAUGUUUAGCAACGGUGUUAAAUGUUCCUGGAUGUGCUGAGGAAAUUAUAACAUCUUUCUUAAGUACUCAACCUCGAUUGAUUGGUCCUCAAUGCUGCAAAGCUGCAAUAGAAUUUGAGGAUAGUUGUUUGCCUAAGAUUUUCCCUUUAAGUUCACUUUUCCCUUUUACAAUUAGGAGUUUCUGCCCCAUUCAGGGUUCGUUACCACCACCAUCUCCUCAACCUCUAGUUCCAACGGUAGCGUGA